AUGCCACCCCCAUCAGCAUCAUCAAUUCUUUCACUUAACGAUGAUCUUACAAUAUCAAAUCGAUUAAAUACAACAACAACACAAAAUUCAGUAUCACUUCGAUUUAAAAAAAAACGAAAACGUAAACUUGAACCAGAUUCUGUAUCACUUCGUUCACUUGAAGAUUUAGUUGGUGAUCAUUUUCAACGAAAAAAACGUUUAUCUCUUCCACGUUUAUCAUCUGUCUCCGAAUUAUUAAGUCCAAUGUGUGAUCGUGUAAUAAAUAUGCUUCAAACAACAAAACAAUCUUCAUCAGCUAAUUUAUUAAAUCUUAUUAAUCAUAAUACAAAUCAAAAUUCUAAUAUACGUCGUAAACCAUCAUCACAAACAACUUCAAAUACGAUUUCAUCACCAAAUACAAUAAAAAAAUUUCGUGCCGCUUGGUCAGAAACAUGUGAUGGAGAAAAAUUAAAACAAACAAUGACAGCAACAGAAAUUGAACGACAAAAUGUUCUUUAUGAAUUAUUUUCCGAAGAACAACAAAUGAUAGAAAAUCUAGGUUUAGCACAACGAGUUUAUCGAAAUGGUAUGAAAACAUUAAAUAUACUAACAGAUUUAGAAUUAAAACAAAUAUUUGGACCACUUGAAGAUAUUUUACCAUUACAUGAAGAUCUUCUCUAUCGUUUGAAACCAAAAGGUAAUUCAUCUAUUGAUGCUGUCGGUCAAAUUUAUCUUGAAUGGUUUCAACGUAUUCGUUCAUCUUAUGUUUCAUAUUGUUCAAAUUUAAUUAAUGCGAAAGAAUUAUUAGAUGCCAAACGUUGUGAAGAAAAUGGUCGUGUUGAUGAUUAUCUUAAACGCUGUACUGAUUCAGGUUUCAGUCGAAAACUUGAUCUUUGGGAUUUUCUUGAUCAACCACGUAGUCGUUUAAUGAAAUAUCCAAUUCUAUUCAAACGUAUUCAUAAACGAGUAAGAUUACAGACA